UUCUGUUGGUGCGGACUUGCGGCGUAAAAUAAUACAUACGACCUUCAAAUAUUUGCAAAUGAGUUUUGUGCAGAUUCCAUUGCAUGUGAUGUGAAUUACUUUUGUUCCCGCGAGCACACAUCACAUUAUCUUCCAAACUAUACUCAAUCCACACCAUCAUAUAUUGCACGGCCCCUACUUUGGAGUUUUUCAUUUCUUUCUUAUCAGAUUAUGGCCUACUCCUUUUAUUGGCCAUUGCUACUGACUCUGUGUACAUCAACAAGCUUUGCUGGAUUUUGGAAUCAAAGAGUUUGUUUCUGACUUGGGAAUCAAACACAGUAGGUGACCAGAAAAAGGGGCUAAUAAGCCAGAAAAUGAGCAUGAAGCUGAGCCUCUUCAUAUUUGCUUUCAUGAUCAUUGGAGCAAUGUUCUUUGGUGCUGAGGCUGAACCAUUGGAAGAUGAACAAGCUUUGCUUGAUUUCUUUCACAAAAUUGAUCACUCAAAGCAUCUCAAUUGGGGUUACAAGACUUCUCUAUGCAAGAGCUGGACAGGAGUUACCUGUGACUCUCACCAAUCGCGAGUCGUCGGCCUCAGGCUACCACGAGCCGGAUUAAUUGGUCCCAUACCAUCCAACACUCUCAGUCGCCUCUCGGCCCUUCAGACUCUGAAUCUUGAAUCAAAUAGAAUAACUGGUCCAUUGCCAUUGGAUUUUUCAGUUUGGAAAAAUCUUACCAUAGCAGAUUUUUCCAACAAUUCUUUCAUUGGAAGCAUCCCUUCCUCAAUUUCAAAGUUGACUCAUCUCAAUUCUUUAGAUUUGUCCCACAACUCUCUUUCGGGUGAAAUUCCUGACCUCAAUGUUCCUAGCUUGAAAGAGCUGAAUUUGGCCAACAAUAACCUUAGUGGAAUUGUGCCCAAAUCCCUUCAGAGAUUUCCGAGUUGGGUCUUUUCCGGUAACAAGCUUAAUCUUGAUCUUACUCUUAAUCACACCUCUGAAUAUGCAUCUGCUAAUUCUCCUCUUCAACAACCGAAUAAUUCUCACCCAACAAGGAAAAACAAAAGGCUCAGUGAACCUGCAUUGCUUGGUAUCAUAAUAGCUGUUAGUCUGGUGGGAUUUGCAGCCAUCGCGAGUUUCGCAAUUGUGUUCUGUUAUAAGAAAGGAAGUGGUGGUGGAGGUGGACAGUCAGUUAUGAAGUCCCAUAAAACAGAAUUCUCGUCGAAGACAGAAGCUUCGUUGAGCAGAGACAGGAACAAAAUAGUCUUCUUUGAAGGCUGCAAUCUUGCAUUUGACCUGGAGGACUUGUUGAGAGCUUCUGCUGAGGUUCUUGGAAAGGGCACAUUUGGAACUGUCUAUAAGGCUGCAAUAGAAGAUGCAACGACGGUGGCAGUGAAGAGGUUGAAAGAGGUAACUGUCGGAAAACGCGAGUUCGAACAGCAGAUGGAGGUGGUGGGGAGAAUUAGGCAUGACAACUUGGCUGCUCUAAGAGCAUAUUAUUACUCAAAGGAGGAGAAACUUAUGGUAUAUGAUUAUUAUGAACAGGGCAGUGUUUCUUCAAUGUUACAUGGGGAAGAGAGGGUUUUGUUAGAUUGGGAAAGUCGGCUAAGGAUUGCGAUGGGCACAGCAAGAGGCAUUGCUCAUAUCCAUGCUCAAAACGGAGGGAAACUUAUCCACGGUAACAUUAAGUCCUCAAAUAUCUUUCUCAACUCCCAGGGAUAUGGUUGUAUAUCGGACACCGGCCUCGCCACAUUAAUUAGCCCAAUACCACCAGCAGCACUAAGGGCAGCAGGAUACCGUGCACCAGAAGUAACCGACACGCGGAAGGCGACGGUUGCAGCUGAUGUCUACAGUUUCGGAGUCCUCCUUCUAGAGCUCCUAACAAGAAGGUCUCCAAUGCACGCCACUGGAGGAGAGGAAGUAGUCCACUUAGUUAGGUGGGUGAACUCUGUUGUUAGAGAGGAGUGGACUGCAGAAGUCUUUGAUGUGGAAUUACUAAAGUACCCUAACAUAGAGGAGGAAAUGGUUCAGAUGCUACAAUUGGGAAUGGCAUGUGUUGCUAGGGUUCCAGAUAAGAGACCAACAAUGUUGGAAGUGGUGAAAGUGGUGGAGGAAAUUCGAUUACAUAGUGGGAAUAGACCGUCCUCGGAAUCUAGAUCAGAGGGUUCUACACCAAAUAGAGGACAUGCUUCCACAUCAAUUAUUACAGAGUGAGAUUCUUCGGUGUAAUUUUUCAUUGAUUUAAAAUUUUGUUGUCGUUACUGGUUAGCACGGGCAAUGAUUUGGAUAUAUAUUAUUGGUUGCGAAGUUGGUAAGCUACUAGAGUUAGGAAUGCCAAGUCAAGUUGGGUCCCCCAAUUUGGUAAUUUACUAUUUUGUAGUGCUUCAUUUGGUUGUCUUCUAGUUUAGCAGUCCGAGGAGUGAGAAAUAGCGAAUUUCUUUCUCGCUUCCUCGGCGGAAUUGACGGGCGGGUAUAACUCUAUAAACUCCAAAUGUUAUAAAAUUUAGUUUAGUUUAAACUCCAAACUUGCUCGACAUUUUUUAAUGUAAAAUUGGAAUUAGGG